AUGAUUGACGAAGAUUUAUCAUAUUUUCUUGAUGAAGAUGACGAAGAUUAUGAUGAAGAUUUAUCUCUAUGGACUUAUAAUGAUUGGUUAGCAUCUGGAAUUGAAACAUCAGCUGAUUUUAAUCAAUUUUUUGAUAGUGACCUUGUACGAUUAACAUCACUAUCACCACCAAAUUCUUCAAUGCCUAUUGAUAGUCUAUCAUCAUCAAAUUUUCUUUCAUCAGAAUCUUCAUCAUCACCAUUAAUUUAUUCAUUAAUUGAUCUCACUGAAAAUUGUAUAUCACCAACUUUAUCACAAUUUGUAUAUAAUUUAUAUGGUAUACUAUUAUUUUGUUGUCUAUUUCGUUUUCUUUGUUCAUCAAAAUUAUUUUCAUCUCAAACACUUCAUUGUAUUCAAAUAUGUUCGAGUAUAUUUAUUCUUGGUAAUUAUUUUCAUUUUCAAUCGAUAUAUUUAUUAACAUAUAUAUUCAUGGGUUAUUUAUCAUUUCAACUUUGUUUGGAUAAAUGUCGAAAUUAUUUAACAUAUAUUAUCGUUUGUUUUUCAAUUAUAUAUGUACUUGCAUGUGAAUUUAUUCUUAUUGAAUCAGAAAAAUGGCAUAGUAUUCGUGGAGUUCAGAUGUGUCUAAUGAUGAAAAUGAUAUCUCUUGCUAUUGAUUAUACAUAUUUUGAGAAUUUAUCUACAUUAAAUACAAAUGAAUCAAUAAUAUAUCCAACAACUAUUGAAUUUUUUAGUUAUAUAUUAUCCAUACAUAAUAUAGUAUUUGGUCCAUGGAUGAAUUAUCGAAAUUAUAUACGUUAUUUUCAUGAAAAUAAUUCUACACGAAAAUUUGAUUUUUUUGAAUUAGCUAAAUGGACAUAUUAUUUUCUUCGUGUUGCUGUUUGUCUACUUGUAUCAACUUGUUUAACAGAUUGGUUUCUUCGAAAUAUAUUUUUCUAUGAUGAUCGACAAGAUAAUAAUCAAAAUGGAUGGCGUAUUGCUUAUAUUCAAGCAUUAUCCUAUCGUUUUAGUCAUUAUUCUGUUUGUUUUAUUGGUGAAUUAUUUGGUCAAAUAAGUGGACUUGAAUUUAAUGUUGAUGAAUAUCGGAAUUAUUCACAUAUUUGUCAACAAGCAACUGAACGUAUUAAAUUAGAAAGAAUAUCUCGUGAGCAAGCACAAUUAGAAACAACAGCUGCAACAACGGAUCUUCAUACAGGAAAACGAAGACAUAGACAUAAAAAGAAUAGUAGUAAGCAAGAAGAUCAUGAUGUAAUUAUUCCAACAGCAAGUAGUGGUGAACAUAAUGAUUCAAGUCAGAUAAAUGCUGUAAUUGAAAAUGAAUCAUCAACAACAGUUGAUCGUGAAUGUGCAAUAAAUGAAGAAUCAGAUGUUUUACUCAAUCGUUCUCUAGUCAAUCGACGUGGUUUGAAAAAACCAGUUUUACACAAUCCACCACCAUCAUCUAAACAUAAAAAUCCCAUUCGAUCAAAUCAUUCUACUUCAUCAACAUUAUUCACAAAACCAACUCUUUCUUCUUCUUCUUCUUCGUCUUCUUCUUUACCAUUAAUGACUACGUCAGAUUCAUCUUCUAUUGUAAAACCAUUUCAUAUUGAAAUACCACGUUCAUUAGUUGAUGUUGUUGUUAAUUGGAAUUUACCAAUGCAUUAUUGGUUAAAAAUCUAUGUUUAUAUGCCAAUGAAACAACAAUAUGGUUAUUUUGUAUCAAUUCUUGUUACUUAUCUUGCAUCAGCACUUUUACAUGGAUUUAAUUUUCAAUUAUCAAUCGUUUUAUUUUCAAUUGGUUUAUAUGCAUAUGUUGAACAUGGCUUUCGGCGUAAAUUAGCAAAUAUUCUCGAUGCAUGUGUUGCAGCACGUAAAUGUCCAUCACGUUCAUCAUGCGAAAAACAUACAUAUACAUAUUGGCAUCCAUUGACAAUAAUUGUUAAUAUAUUUUUAUGUCUUCUCAGUUUGUGGCAUCUCACCUAUUUGGGACAAUUAUUUGAUAAUAGUUCACAAGAAACAACUGGUUAUUCAUGGCAACAUGUUCUUGAUAAAUGGGCAAAACUUAAUUUUGCUUCACAUUUAGUUGUUAUUGCUACUUAUGCCAUAUUUCGAUCAUUAUAA